AUGGCAGAAGAGGCGAAGAAACUAGCAAUCUAUGCCGCGGUGGAUAACCAUGUUCAGAACAACCAGGUAGUUGGAGUGGGCAGUGGAUCCACCAUCGUGUAUGCUGUAGACAGACUAGCGGAGAGAGUUCGUCAAGAGAAGCUCAACAUAGUGUGUGUCCCCACCUCCUUCCAGGCUCGUCAGUUAAUUCUGCAGCGUGGUCUAACCCUGUCUGAUCUGGAUAGAAACCCUGAGCUGGACGUGGCCAUUGACGGGGCAGACGAGGUGGAUGCAGCUCUCACACUCAUCAAAGGAGGAGGAGGCUGUCUGACUCAGGAGAAGAUCGUAGCCGGCUGUGCCAAACACUUCAUCGUAAUUGCUGACUUUAGGAAGGACUCCUCGGCCCUGGGCCAGCAGUGGAAGAAGGGUGUUCCUAUAGAAGUGAUCCCUAUGGCCUACACCCCCGUCUCCAGGGCUAUAGCCAAGCGUUUCGGAGGGGAGGCAGUGCUCCGCAUGGCCAUCAGUAAAGCUGGUCCGGUGGUAACAGACAACAGUAACUUCCUUCUGGACUGGAAGUUUGAACACACUCACAACUGGAAGGAGGUUAAUACAGCUAUAAAGAUGAUACCAGGUGUGGUAGAGACAGGUCUGUUUGUGGGGAUGACAGAGAGGGUAUACUUUGGGAUGGAGGAUGGUAGUGUUCGUAUCAGAGACCCCCCAGUCAACUGACCAGAGCCCUGCUCCAGCACCACCUGGAACCAACCACCAUCAACCAUCUCAUCUCAACCACAAGUGCCCUAAUAUUCUAUCUCUGCCUGAUCUGACGGACUCCGACUGUGAUUGGUGUAAAAAUAGUCACCUG